AUGAGAUGUGAUGAGUGUAACUCUGGCUGCUCGUUUGAAUAUAUUGAUGAAAACUAUAUUGCUCACGGAAAAUGUGGUGAAUGUGAUGUCGGUUGCAAUAAAAAUCUUGAUAAGCAGAGUUUACUUGAAAAGUUCCGUAAUAUGCACACGGGAAACGAUGAGCAGUUCAGGUUGCUGUUGAGAAAAGGUGUAUACCCAUAUGAGUAUGUUAACUCAUUCGAUAGGUUUAAUAAAACUGAGCUCCCGUCAAAGGAUGACUUUUAUAGCGAGCUUAACAUGAGUCACAUCAGUGAUGCUGACUAUGAGCAUGCUCAGAAGGUUUGGAAAGCCUUUGAUAUUAAGGAUCUAGGUGAAUAUCAUGACAUCUAUCUCAAUACAGAUGUUCUAUUGCUCGCCGGUGUGUUUGAGACAUUCAGAGAGACGUGUUUGAGAUACUACAAACUAGAUCCAGCGCAUUUUUACACAACUCCUGGAUUAACUUGGCAAGCAUGUCUGAAAAAGACCGGGGUUAGUCUAGAUCUAUUGUCUGAUAUUGAGAUGGUCACGUUCAUUGAAAGCGGUAUUAGGGGUGGAUUGUGUCAGGCUGUCCACCGCUACGCCAAGGCCAACAAUCCAUAUAUGGGCGAUAUGUAUAAUACUUCGGAAGAUACAACCUAUCUGCAGUAUCUUGAUGCUAACAAUCUGUAUGGAUGGGCCAUGAUACAGAAGAUGCCCACCGGAGGGUUUGAGUGGGUUAAUGACGUUAGUAAAUUGCCCGAACCCGUACCGGCACCCUCGAGAUCCGGUACUAGCCAACACGACAUGGAUUUGUUUGAAGAGCAAGAAAUGAUUAAAACCAGACCUAUUGUGAAAAGCAAGUUGAUUGAAUGGAGAGACUGGUUGAUAAAUCAUGUACCUAAGGCUAUUAAGGAUAAAACAACAAAAGCUUUCAAAACCAUGAAGGAUAAGAUCAUGGGUUUUUAUAAAAAGGACAGUGGAGAGGAAGAGGUGAAAGAGGAGGAAGAGGUGAAAGAGGAAAAUCCAUAUACUCCUAGAAAAGUUGUUCACGAUCCUGUAACCAACACUUUUAAUCGUGUGGUAAACUCUCCUAGGACGGGGAAGAUAAUGGUUUCCGAUUUCACAUCCGAACUUAUUUCAAAAUUAGCCGAUGAAGAUGGUGAUAGGGGGUACUUCCUUGAGGUUGAUGUUAGUUACCCACGGGAACUUAAUGAUUCUCAUAACGACCUUCCUUUCAUGCCCGAGAGGAAGGUUAUCAAUGGGGUCGAGAAGCUGACACCAUGUCUUUCGGACAAGACAAACUACAUCAUCCAUAUCCGUGCGCUUGAUCAGGCGUUGAAGCAUGGUCUUGUUCUUGAUAAGGUUCAUAGAGUCUUGAGAUUUAAUCAGAGUGCGUGGUUGAAGUCGUACAUAGAUUUUAACACUGAUUUGCGUACUAAAUCAACUAAUGACUUUGAGAAGGACUUUUUCAAGCUUAUGAACAAUUCGUUCUUUGGUAAGACAAUGGAGAAUCAGCGUAAACACAAGGAUAUACGCUUGGCUACGAAGAAGGAACAGUAUGAGAAGCUGGUGAUGAAACCAAACUUCAAGGGUAGCACAUGGUUCUCGGAAGCACUGAUGGGUAUAGAGAUGUCCAAGAUCAAGAUCAAAAUGAAUAAGCCGAUAUACAUGGGACUGGCAAUUCUCGACAUGUCCAAGAUGAUUAUGUACGAGUUUCACUAUGAUUACAUGAAACCGAAAUAUGGUGAUGACGUGAAGCUGUGUUACAUGGAUACUGAUUCAUUCGUAUACCACAUCAAAACCAACGACUUUUACAGAGAUAUCGCCGAUAAUGUGUCUGCGAGAUUUGACACAUCGGGGUAUGAUAAGGAAGAUGGUAGACCUCUACCAUUAGGUUUGAAUAAAAAGAUCAUUGGGCUGAUGAAGGACGAGUUAGGUGGUAAGGUGAUGGCUGAGUUUGUAGCCCUAAGAGCUAAGACCUAUGCAUACAAACAACUAUGUGGUAAGGAGGAUAAGAGGUGUAAGGGGGUGAAGAAAUGUGUGGUAAGGGAGACCAUAGGUUUGAAUAAAAAGAUCAUUGGGCUGAUGAAGGACGAGUUAGGUGGUAAGGUGAUGGCUGAGUUUGUAGCCCUAAGAGCUAAGACCUAUGCAUACAAACAACUAUGUGGUAAGGAGGAUAAGAGGUGUAAGGGGGUGAAGAAAUGUGUGGUAAGGGAGACCAUAGGUUUGAAUAAAAAGAUCAUUGGGCUGAUGAAGGACGAGUUAGGUGGUAAGGUGAUGGCUGAGUUUGUAGCCCUAAGAGCUAAGACCUAUGCAUACAAACAACUAUGUGGUAAGGAGGAUAAGAGGUGUAAGGGGGUGAAGAAAUGUGUGGUAAGGGAGACCAUAGGUUUCGCUGAUUAUAAGAGAUGCCUGUUUGAGGGUGAGAACAUUUACAGAACCCAAAUGACAUUUCGAUCUAUUAAGCACGAUGUUCACACAAUAAAAACAAAUAAACUGGCGCUCAAUGCCGAUGAUGAUAAACGCAUAAUUUUGGAAGAUGGUAUUACCACACUGGCAAGAGGACAUUAUAGACACAUAUCACUAUAAUUUGGAGACACGGCAGGGGAGGGUGGGGAGGGACCCAUGGGACGGGGAGGGGGUGGGAGGGGGUUUUGGACAGAUAUCGUUGAUUUGACGUGGAUGAUCCAUAAUUUAACGUAAAGUGGUAAAGUGCUCAUGGAUUUUAUGGACUCUUUUAUCGUUGAUUUAACGUGGAUGAUCUAUAAUUUGACGUGGAAUGGUACGGAAUAUUAAUCGCUAAGGGGUGGUAUGGGCCUUUUUUACGUUGAUUUAACGGAUAUGCACGCUUAUUUGACAUGAUUGUCCUAGGAUCGGCCUUUUCCUAUCUUUGUUUCGCCUAAUGUAUCGGUGCUGUUAACGGUACGUACAUGAAAAUCAAAAAGGCCAACAUAUUAUGCCAGCAGAAAGGGUAAUUUUACAUCAAACUAGUCUGUUGCCCGUGGAAAAAUCCACGGGUUCGCCCGUCCUUUUUUACCGCAUUGCGUGCGUCUCGCUACUUGAGCAGCUAAGCUACCAUUUUACGUGACAGACAGACAGACGUAUACGGGUAUAAUAAUGUAGAUUGUAAAUUCUACCUUAAAUGAAUUGUUUAGAGAUGGAACUAUCCAAAAAUGCGAAAGAACCAUUGUCGAAGGGGAGUCUGCAGUACCAGUUUUCAUGUUAGGAGACCCAGCAUAUCCUUUACUACUAUUUUUAAUGAUGAAAUUUUCGAAAGGGGGAAGAACUCUAGCGAACGUUUUUUUUUGGUCAACGUUUAUCCUCAGCAAGAAUAGCUGUCGAGUGCGCAUUUGGGCGAUUAAAAGCUCGGUUUGGCUGUUUAAGGAGAGAAAUGGACAUAAAUCUUAAGGACUUUCUGUUGUAAUUCAUUCCUGUUUUUUUCUACUACAUAACUUUUGUGAAAUUAGACAAGAGGUAGUUAAUCCAAAUGAUGUGCUAGUUGCUCAAAACUACGAUGCUGAAUUUUAGCCUUUAUCAAAUCAAUGAUAACAAUGGCGGGUGGUUAAAAAAUCAGAAUUA